GUUUCCAGAAGUCUCUCCAUCCAGAACUUUCCUGCGCUCCAGAAAUAUUGUCCACAUUCACGAUAAAUCCAUGGCAGCCGAACGCAGCUUCUCCGACAGCUUCAUUGACGAAGAUCCACAGAAAGCUCUGGAGGAACUUAAUGAGGCUUUGCAGGAAGAUUGUGACAACGCCGAGUUGUUUUGUCAGCGUGCCUAUGCCCACAUACUCCUGAAAAAUUACAGCAAUGCUGCUGAUGAUGCUAAGAAAGCACAGCAGCUAAAACCUAGCCUACCUUUACCUUUCAUGCGAACAGGAAUAGCAGAGUACCACCUGAAAAACUAUGAGUCAUCACACGCAGCCUUUUCACAGGGACAUCAACUGGAUGCGUCUGACACAUCAUUUGAAGUUUGGAUAAAGCGAUGUGAGGAGAUGAUGGGAAAUCAGACACAAAACAGCACGACACCAGCACCUCCGCCUGCAAAACGCGACUGGUAUCAAACAGAAUCUCAAGUCAUUGUCACAGUUAUGGCAAAAAAUGUUCCCAAGGAUGGCGUGUGUGUCAGCUUCACAGAAAGAGAGGUGUCUGCAAAGAUCCAGCUGGCAUCAGGAGAUUAUUACAACUUCCACCUACAACUUCUGCAUCCCAUCGUCCCCCAACAGAGCUCCUUCAAGAUCCUCACCACCAAGGUGGAAAUCAAGAUGAAGAAGACAGAUGCCAUUAGAUGGGAGACGCUGGAGGGAGAAGGACAGGAGUCCAACAUCAAACACUUCAAUCCCCAUCAGUACCCCUCAUCAUCCCACUACACCCGCAAAUGGGACGAGAUGGUGUCGGACAUAAAUGAGGAGGAGAAGAAUGAGAAGCUGGAGGGAGACGCUGCGCUCAACAAGCUCUUCCAGCAAAUCUACUCGGACGGCACAGACGAGGUCAAACGAGCCAUGAACAAAUCGUUUAUGGAGUCUGGAGGUACAGUCCUGAGUACCAACUGGGGUGAUGUGGGCAGGAGAAAGGUGGAUGUGAGCCCACCAGAUGAUGCAGAAUUCAAGAAGUACUGAGCACGCCCCCUCACCUUUUUCUGUCCCAUCCAGUUGUCAUUUUGUUGUUCUGUGUCUGUGUGGCGGUUCACUUCUUCGCCUUUUUCUUUCUACCGUCUCCACCCAAAAGCCCCACACUGCCUACUCUCUACAAAAGCUUCUCACCAGAAGGGCUCAGUUUGAAUAAUCUGUUGAUCGGAUUGAUUGAAGGACAGUGGACUCGACAAAGGAAUAUGAAUGUGACCUGAAAUUCAGUCUUUAAAUUCAACAUAAUUUUUUAUUUUUCUCAAAACAGACACAGCCUUUUUGUUUGGAAGCCUUUCAUAAUUUGCCAUACACAUUGUAAAAAAAAUGUACAAAAAAAAAACAUAGGAUAAGAAUCUGACAUGUUUAUUAACUCUUUUUGAAUGUUUUUUUUUUCUUUUCUGAUACUUUUUGUCUGUAAAGACUCAGCAGUACUCUGCAAGCUUGGCUAGUCUUUUCCUGGGUAUGACUAAAAGUUCAGUGUAAAUAAAAGAAAUGAUGUUCGGCUCUAAAA